UUUUUGGCAAAAUGCCCACACUUUUGGCAAAAUGUUCUUUGAAAUCCGGAGCAGUUCAGCACCGACACUUUUUUUUCUCAAGCACCACCCGUACCACACGUUUUUUUCAAAUUUUCUAUUCACCGUUAUUCAUCGUUUUCAAAUUUUUCAACAUCAUUUUAUGCCCUUUUUUGCUUAUUUUCUACGGCUUCCCCAUAUUCGUGGUUAAGCCAAAACGGCGCGCGGCCAUAACGGCGCAAAGCUAUAACUUGCUGGAAAAUGUCUAGCCCUGAUAAAUUUUAAUACCAAACUCCUCAGCUCGAUGAGAGGAAUCGUUUGAUACUAAAUUUGUAUUGAAUAGAAAAUCUUGAAGCAAGUUAUGGCUUUGCGCCGUUAUGGCCGCGCGCCGUUUUGGGCGUGUCCCUUUUUACGGCUCCCUCAUUUUUCGGCAAUUGGGAAAAACCCCCCACAUCAUAAAGGCAAGUUAACUAAUUUAGUCAAUAAAAAAACAUUCCCCGUUGUUGGAACAACCGAAAAAAAACAACCAAUUAAAAAAUUUUUUGCCGAAAUGUGGUGGGUUUCCCGAAAUAUGCGACACAAUUUUCAACAUUUUCCUCCUUAUUUUAGAAAAUUCAAAAUUAAAUUUUUCAAACAAAUGGCAUUUUCAACAACCUCAAAUAUUCAAUUAACUCAGGAACAAAAAGAAAGAAUCAAAGCAAAUCGAGAAGAAGCCUUAAAAAAGCGGGCGGCGGCUGAAGAAAAAUUAAAAUUGCAGCAACAACCCUCCAAACCUGUUGAAAAAGAAGAACAACAAAAUUCUAAUGAAAUUAUUAAAAAUAAAAAUUUAAUUAGUGUUGAUUUUAAAUUUUAUUUGUUGAGUUCGGAGAGAUUUAAGUUAGAAUUCCACCCAUUCGACAGUUCAAUACCUCUAAAAUUGAAAGAAAUUCCUUCAAGAAAUUAUGACUCAGCAAACAAAAUUUGGAAUUUUUUGUUGAAAGAUUAUGAAGUGGUCAAAAAUAAAUUGAAUCAAUUACGUUCAAAAAAUGUUUUGGCUAAAUUUGAUGAAAUUCCUCUUGGAGUUAGAAAGCUUUUUCUCGACAAAAUAUCGCCACGCAAUUUGGAGCCUUCUUCAAGUGAAUCUUCCUCUUCUUGUCUGGACAAAGCAGAUCCCAAAAUUGUUGAGACUCUUUUUCCUUUUCAACGUUCAGGCGUCAGUUUUGGAAUUCGUCGAGGUGGUCGUUUGCUAAUUGCUGAUGAAAUGGGUCUCGGCAAAACUGUUCAGGCAUUGGCUAUUGCUUCUGCUUUCAGGGGUGAAUGGCCUCUAUUAAUUAUUUGCCCUUCUUCUGUCAAAUAUAUGUGGUAUAGACAAAUUAAAAGGUUUUUGCCUUCUGCACGUCCCUGUUUGGUGGAAAAAGCAAAAGAUGAUCUUCCACGUUCUAGAUGUACAAAUCUUGUUAUUGUGGGUAUUUUUAAAGAUUUUUCAGUUGGAAUAAAGGGGGUAUGA